AUGGCCGCUAAUAACAAAUGGAGCUUGGAAACAACGAUAAAAUUUAUUCAGUGUUACAAAAUACAUGAAUGUUUGUGGAAUUUUUCAUCACCCGAUUACAAAAACAAGGACAAGCGUAAUGCAGCACUAAUUGCAAUAGUAAAUGAGAUGAACAUCAACGACUUUGGUGUCACAGAGGUGAAGAACAAAAUCAAAAAUCUAAGAUCAACUUACAGCCAAGAAUUGAAAAAAAUUGAAGACUCAAAGAAAUCGGGAGCUGGAAUAAAUAAUCUUUAUGUCUCAAAUAUAAAAUGGCUCAAGGAAAUGGAGGAGGUAUUCAUGAAUGAUCUGAAAAGAAAGACGUACGAGAAUAUUCAAUCGGUGUCUCAAAUUCACGGUCAUCAAAAUGCUGAGCAACAACAAAGUGAUUUACAAUGCGUAGCCUCUUCUGAACAAGCAAAUCGUUCACAAUCUACAGUCACUGAUGCCAAUGCUACAAAUAAUACAUCUACUGGCACUUCUGCUACUCCUUCACGACCAAAAAAGAGGCCUAGAGAAAUUGUAAAAGCCAUUAAUGAUUUAAAGACGAUGCACGAUAAAGUAUUUAAAGAAGAAGAAGAAACACCAUUCGACUUAUUUGGUAAAAGUGUUGCAAUGCAAUUAAAAACAAUGUCAGUGGAAAAUGCGUUAAGGGCACAACAGAAAAUUCAAUGCAUUUUAACCGACAUUGGGAUAACUGAUUAUAGGGAGAGAACAGCUUCAUCAAUCUCUACCUACGAGUCAGUUGCGACUCCAGCAUCUACUUAUUCAAGUUACGAUGAAACGCUGACGGCCGGCACAUAUGAAGUUGGUACUGAAGAUAGUAAUGCUGUUUAUUCUUAUAUUAUCCAAGAACCAGAAGCAUCAACAGAAAUUACUGCCACGGAUGAUCUCAUUCACUCAGCUAUGCAGGCUGCUUCUGUUAGUAGUAAUAGGUCUGAAUAGUUUUAAGUACUUGUGUAGAUACUGAUUUUUAUUAACAAUAAACCGGAAUUAAGGUAAA